AUGGACAACCACACUUCCUUCACUGUGACACCGCUGGAGCGGACACCUGAGCAAAAGUUCAACUUCGGAGCUCGCGUGACUGGAGUAGACUUGAACAACAUCUCAGAUGACGAUGUCGAUCGUCUCAAAACUGCCAUUUGGCGCCACAAGGUCAUUGUCGUUAAAGCCCAACACAACCUAAAUCCUAAGAAGCAAUGGGAGCUCGUGACCCGGCUAGAUCCCAAGGCCAGUGAUGGCCACAGUCACGGAAAUCUUACCACAUUCCGGGCGAAGGGUGGACUUCUUGCUCAAGGAAGAGAGGUCGUUGGAAUCCCCGGCGCAGAAAACGUCAGAUUAAUUGGCAAGGGCUUCCAAGGGGAGAACCACUUCGGUAUUGUGAACCACACCAUCGAACGCGGACUCAGCAAUGACUUUCAUGCCGUCCCACCAUCCGUGGAGGAAUUUGAGCAGGGCAUCACGCGUUUCCAACGCUGGCAUAUCGAUGCUCCACUGUAUGGGAAGGAUCCUGCGUGGUUCACAACCCUGCGCUGUGUUACCCUUCCUAAAGGACCCAAUCUCACUGUUCAAUGGGCCGACGGGUCCGGUCAAACUAUGCAAUCCCCACCGGGACAGACUGCGUAUUUCAGCACAUCUCAGCUCUAUCUCAUGUUAUCGCCCGAAGAGCAGGCGUUGGUCGAUCACAGCUGGGUCGAAUAUGCGCCCUAUCCAUAUAAGUGGAUUGAGAAGUGCAAGGGCAAUACCAACGGCCUUGGUCUAGCAGAAGGGGGUGAGCGUCUCACCGAAGAAGAACUUGGAGAAUAUGAUACGACGGCAGUGAAGAAGUAUCCAUUGGUCUGGGUGAAUCCUUUUACGGGCGACAAAGCCUUCCAGGUCCACGGAAUCUGUGCCCGAAAGCUUUAUCUGCGUAGCUCCCAGGAGGAGCAGCCUCGUAUUGUUGAGGAUGUGGCAGAGAUUCGCAAGUUUAUUUUGGGUAUCCAGAACAGGAUCCUCAAGCCUGAGUACAUCCUGCUGGCCCCAGCUGAGGAAGGAGAUAUGGUAAUUUGGGAUAAUUACGGACUCUUCCACUCUGCUAUUGACUAUCCGAUCAUCAUGGGUCCUCGCUCUAUGCACCAGGCAAACAUCAGUGGCAGUAUUGGUCCAAAGGGACCUGUGCCGAUUCCCUUGAUGGCCUAA